AUGGGUGUAUUCCCUAGAUUUGGUGGCUGGAUCACUCAGGACACUCAACAGCCUCAUAAGGCCGAGUCCAAGAGAUCUGAGAAUGUUGAAUCCAUGCCUGUGUCAGAGGAAAACAAUAAUAACGUCCCUGCUAAGAAGAAGAAGAAGGAAUAUUUUGACAAUGUUCAUGAGCGGAAGCAAGAUCUACUUUGGCAUGAUGCAGAAAAGAAGCAUCCAUGGUAUAAUCCCCCUCUUAAGACAAAAUAUAAAAAAGAGAAAUUGAAGUUCAUGAAAGUGUUCGAGGGUAGCUAUAAAGUGGAGCCAAUUUACGUAGAUUCAGAACGCUUAUGCAAGCAAAGGUUGCCAAAGAGUCGAGAAGAAUAUAAACAAUGUAGCGGCGGACAAGGAAAGAUUGCGUCGAAAGUGACAAUGGACCAAUACUUUAAGCCAUAUCCUCCUUUUAAUCUGCCGCCACUUUCUUGGUUCGUUCGUGGGAUCACCAUCAAGACUACCAAAAGUCUGCUCAAAAUGGUUCAACAUGUGGCUACUAGGGUUCGAGAGGCUGAGAGAAUUGGUUUCUAG